GCCUCACUGCACAGCCCUCUCUCGCUGUGCGUCGUGGGAGUGCCUGUCCGCCCUGCCUACCCAGGGUGCACCUCCUCUGCGUCAUGUGACCAGGGUCAGGCCGAGGCCACCGCGGAGGCAUCGGAGAGGACAUGCCCCCUCUUGACGCCCACUGCACAGAAAAUGGAGCAGUUACUGCUCUCGACGAUGGACUCCCAGAUUUUUACACCAAGAGAGUCCUGCCUGACAGUCAGCUCUCAUCUCUUCACCAAGCUCAGUCGUUCAGGAGAAAGAAGCGCCGGAGCAUGCUGUCAAUCUUUGGUUUCCGUAGAAACCGCAACUCCACCAUCUCCACCCCGGAGACUGUCGGGGGGGCCACGGCCUGCGGGGAGCAGUGCCGGACUGUGACGUCCCCCCCCAACAAUUCUACUACUGAGAACAUAUACAUCAUCCAGGCCGCAAAGGAUUGUGGGAAAGCAGGUCCCAGGAGAGAAGGAGCUGAGGGAAAAGAAGAGGAGCCGAAGGGGGAGGGCCAGCGGGAGGCCAGACCAAUGCCUGGGGCGGGGGGAGGCAGAUCCCCCCAGAAAGAGGUGCAGUGGUACAUUCCACAUGUAGAUCCUACACUCUCAGAAAUGAAGAGAUCAGAGCCGGAGUCAGAGGCAGCCAAUCCCUCGGACGCAGGCCGACCAUUGGAUGAGCCAGAGGAGGCGGAGCCGGGCCCAGAUGAUGGACAGGCGGAUGGGCCACGCCCACAGGCGGAGGUUCAGAGGUCACCCAGAUCUCCCCCAGACACCCAGACUCCUCCCAGCCCGCUGACGGACAGGCAGACAGAGGCCCCGCCCGCAGAGGAGCAUCACAGGAGCGCCCCCUGCGAGCUGAAGCCAGACCCCCCACCACAGAGCAGCAAGCCCAGCCUGGCCUACAUGAGACAGCGCCACCUGCAGGAGAGCCUGGAGGCGUCUGUGGAAGGAGAGGCAGCAGUGGAGAGAGAGAAAGAGGAGGAGAGAGGAAGCAAAACAGAGGCACAUCCUCCUCCUGUCCCUGAGAAGCCUGCUGACCUUCAGCCAAUCAGCAGCAGGAGUCCUACAGACACGCCCACCACUGUGAUGUCUCCGAAAGAGGCAACCAAUGAGAGAAAGAUCCCGCCUCCUGUGCCUCCAUCCCUGUCCAAGCCUGUCCUGGGAUCACUGGACAUGGCUGUCAAUCAAGAUGCAGAGGGGGUGAAAGGUUCAGUGCCUAUGAAGCCCCAGAGAAACAGGAAGUCACACUCGUGUGAUAUAGGCUUUGAGAGAGACAGCUCCAGUAACCCUGAGAGACUGUCCGACCGCAAGCCCCCCAUGAAAAAACCCAGACUGCCCCAGAACAGAAACAAAUCCCUGGACCUCCCUGGUACGGGAGAUUAUGGCAACAGUGAGCCAUCCUGACAGCAGCGAAGGCCACGGACAGUUGCCAUGACAACUGUGGAAUAAUGGAGGGGGGGGUGGAGAGGUCAAUGCGAUCAGUAGUGCACUGAGAUCACACACACACACACACACAUACAUACAGUAUACACACACACAUACAUACAGUAUACACAAACACACACACACACACAUUUGUCUCCUCCACACACACAUGUACACACACACACACCUACACACAGACAGACCUACACACACAUGCACAUACACAUCUCCAGACACAUGCACACACACAUACACACACACAGACCUACACACACACUGUGGAACACAGAUUUACAGACACACACACACACAGACUUUUACAUGCACACACAUACACACACACACACACAGACCUACAUGCACACACACUCGCACACACACACAGGUCCACCAUGUUGCGAUGUUUCGAGUGGCUCUGAAUCAGGUGUCUGCUGGUCACCCGCCCACUCAGUGACAUCACAGUCAGAAAGGAAUUCUGGAGUCCAAAGAGCCCUGUGAUUGGCUGUUUCCCUCUGUUGCUUCUUCCCCUCUGCGCUGUUCCUGCUGAGAAGCUGUGGUAUCCUGUAUUCUCACCAUAGUCAUUACCGUAACAAGUGUUAACCAUGUGCGCGUCUUUUAUGACCUUUUGCAACCUUUGCUAUAAUCAGUUUUAGAAUUACUCUCUGCCUAUUAUGCCUUAUGGAAAUUGAAUAUACUGAAAUGUAUUUUAAAUAAAAAAUGUGGAGCGUUAUUUUGGAAACAUCAUAAUAAAUACAGUAUAUUUUGCAUUUCAGUAAUAUAUUUUGGCUCUGUACUCCACAAUUAAAUUUUAGAUUUUUAAUCAUACAAUUCAGUUUGGGUGCAAGGUGCACAGCCUUUAUGUAUAUGUAUAUAUAGGAGUAUUUGUAUUCACUUUGGUUUCACUGUGUAGGAACUACGACACAUUUCAUGCAUUACCCCCACCACCAUAAUGUUUGGGACAUGUUAAUAUUAAUGUGAAUGAAAGUGCCGCAGCCAUCUUCAGCUCCUGCUUUUCUCCGGGGAGCUAGCUGCCUGAAGUGUCCUCCUCAGCAUGUGAAACGCGUUUAGCUGAAUUUGUAUUUGGGUGAAUGAUGGUGCAGUGGGUAGCACUGCCCCCUCACAGCAAGGAGGUCCUGGGUUCGAAUCCCCGUCGGCCGGGGCCUCUCUGUGUGGAGUUUGCAUGUUCUCCCGUGUCUGCGUGGGUUUCCUCCGGGGACUCCGGUUUCCUCCCACAGUCCAAAGACAUGCAGGUUGGGCUGAUUGGAGAGUCUAAAUUACCAUAACACCAUAACACCCCUACCACCAUGUUUCACAGGUCCGGGAGGGUGCUCUGUCUCUUUGGCGGUUCCUUUUAGUGUCUACACUUUUGCUUUUUCCAUCGCGAAUCCAAGUGAAGACCUUUUUCCUGAACUCUGCAGGCUCUGCAGGUACUACGUAGCGUACAGUAAACCUGACCAUCCCGGGGGGUUUUACAUCUUAUGGUGUACCCUCUGUAGACAGUCACGCUGUCAUAUCCACAACUGUGUUUCUGAUCUGUCAGACGGCUGUUUGGGUGUUUUUUAUUAUUGUUACUAUGGCGAGAAUUCUUAGGUCAUCGGCUGCACUGCACCUCCUUGGCCAACCGGCUCCAGUGCUGUCUUUCGUCCUCAUGACGUUCCAGACGGUUUAUUUCCGUGAGCUUCGGGUUUGGCCUUUGUUUCCUCUUCUCUUCGCCUCAUAAAGCUCCACGGCUUCUUCAGCUUUCAUUAGCGCAGCGCUAACAACAGACGCUGAAGGCUAAAGCCUGGAAUCCAGAUUAGAUACUGAGGGCUUUCUCAUACCUGCACUAAGGAAGAAAUUGAACACGCCGGAUUAAUCAGAACCGCCCGUGAAUCCACUUGUCCCAAACGUUAUGAAAUUGGAUGACUAUGUAUCAAAACUGCUAUAAUUUGUACAUGGUGAAACCAAAAUGUGUAUUUUUAAAAGCUGCACUUUAACCACAUGAAUUGAUUCAUUACAAAUCUAAAAUUGUGGAGUACAAAGCCAAAUCAAUGAAAAAAAGAAUAUGUCUUGGUCCCAAACAUUAUGGAGCUCACUGUAUAUAGCAAUUAAUUUCUUUGAGGCAAUAAAUUGUAUUUUUGCCCAUAUAUCAUAAAGUGUUGCAAUACCUUGAUAAUAGUAUAGUGAACUUAUUUCAAUAUAUUUUAAGUAUAUUCCAUUUUUCUAAGGAUUAUUAUUAUUAUUAUUAUUAUUAUUAUUAUUAUUAUUAUCAUCUUCAUCAACAUCGUCAUCAUCACCAUCAUCAUCAGGUUUGCUUUGAUGCUUAUAUGAUUGACCUGUGUCCAUAUCGUUUGCUGUAGUCUGAAUUUGCACUGAGUUGUUGAUACUCCUUGACUGAAGCAACAUGAUUUAUAUCUCUUUUGGCUUUUCUGGACUGAAAUGCAAUAUAUUUUCUAAAGAUCUGUGUGAGAAUAUGAAUAUCAAUGAAUAUUAAUGAAUAAAUAUUGAGGCUUAA